AUGAGGCGCUGUAACAAUGCUCUGUUGAAGACGUACCAAGGCUGUACCACAAUUGCCAUGGACGCUGCACUGUCUGAGUUUGUGCAGUACACCGGGGCAGACCCUGGGCUGGCCAGGGACUUACUGGAAGGUAAGAACUGGGAUCUAAACGCUGCCCUGAACGACUUCAACGUUUUGUAUCGUGAAGCGGAUAGUAGCCGACCUCCACCAGUCCCCAGGCCCAGCAAUGGAACAACAAUAGACAGCACAAUGGCAGCAGAAGUCAGAGCAGUGCAGAGGAGACCAGAGAGGCCACCCCUGGUCAGGCAGGAAGAUCUAAAAGAUAAGAGAUUAUCCCGCGGUAUCUCCCAUGCCAGUGCAUCUCUCGUCUCCAUGGUUCGAACAGCGGUGGAGAAAGACGAGUCGGCGACCACUGAGGACAAGAUGCACUUCUUCAUCGAGACCCCUGUCUACACAUUUGUGCUUCCAGACCUUACUGUUUACUCUGACGACUUCCGAGAAUUUCUGGAACGAGACUUGAUUGAGACUUCCACACUGGUGGCCUUGGAACAAGCAGGUUUGUGACUUGUGUGGUGGGCAGAAGUGUGUGCCUGUCAGAGACUGCUGCCACUACAAACAUCGGGGGACGGGAACUGUCUGCUGCAUGCUGCCUCCCUGGGUAUGUGGGGUUUCCAUGACCGCCUGCUGACCCUACGGAAGGCUCUCUACAACACCCUGUCAUCCAGCGGAGCAAGAGGGGCACUGAAGAGGCGCUGGAGAUUCCACCAAACAGAGGAGAAUAAAGAGGCUGGUCUGGUGUACUCAGAGGAGGAGUGGGAGCGGGAGUGGCAGGACCUGCUGAAGCUGGCCUCAGCAGAACCACGGCACCGCCCAGGAUCCAUGGGAGGUGGUGGGGGAGGAUCUUCCACUAACUCACACUUAGAAACUGUAUCUGAAGAUGAUGCAGGGCUCUGCUACGAGAGCCUAGAGAGCUUCCAUGUAUUUGUCCUAGCUCUGGUGCUGAGACGACCUGUCAUCAUCGUUGCGGACACCGUUUUACGGGACUCCAAUGGAGAAGCACUGGCGCCCAUCCCCUUCGGUGGCAUCUACCUGCCAUUGGAGUGCAAACCGGAUGAGUGCCACCGGUCACCACUGGUCCUCACCUAUGACCAGGCUCACUUUUCUGCCCUUGUUGCAAUGGAACAAAGUGAAGUGGAUGAGCAACAUAGACUGAUAACUGUGGUUCCCAUCACCGACCACAACCACAAACUACUUCCUGUUCACUUUGUCUCUGACCCCGGGCUGUCCUGGAUAUGGGAGAAGGACCCACAAGGACCUGAAAAAGUUGCAAAGUUGAAGUUGAACGAGGACCAGAAAUUAAAACUCCUUGAACAGUACCUAAAUGUUGUUAAGGUGCCCUUGAAGGGAAAGACAAUUCCAGCGGAUGUGUUGAACUCUGUAGAAAGUGCUUCCCAAACGUCAGAAGAUGCACGUUCCAGCAGUGGUUCCUUUGACUCGGGUUCAGAACCUGACUCUACCAACUCAAACCACAGCGGAAAGGGGGGCAAGACCAAGGCUGCAAAACAGCUGAGCUCGGUUGCAACAAGGAUAGGUAGUUUCGGAAAAACAAUGGGCAACAAACUCAAGAAGAACUUGGGGAUGUACAAUAGCAAACACAAUGGAAAGGGUGGGGAAAAGCAUGGGGGGAAAUUAGAGAGAAAGGAGUCAAAAAAUGGGAAGGGGGACCUGAAGUUGGAAAAAUCCCAUCCAGUGCAAAAUGGACCAGUGGAUGAGAAGGACGGAGGCGUUAGCGUAAAUGGCACUCCAACACACGCAGCAGCCAAGGAACACCAACCCCUGGUGCGUGGAAAGGACUACAUCCUGGCUGCCAAGAUGAGCAUAGAGAAGCGACACAAGUACCAGCAGGAAAUGAUAGACAAUUACCUCUCACUAGCGCAGGAACGUUUCGCUGACCACUGUGAGAAGAAGCGACGGGAGGAAGAGGACAAGAAGAAACUGGCAGCACAAAUCAAACAUGAACAGGAGCUGAUGAUGAAGCCUAUGCCAUGUAUGACUGAGGGGUGUGCCCUGUAUGGUACUGCUGCUACUAACUAUCUUUGCACGUCCUGCUUUGAGAGGCAGAAACACAGUAUGGCCGUGGACUAUGCAUCGUGGAAGGUAAAUGGGGCCAAGGGGCACGUGGUGUCUGCCGGGUACGCCACCCUUCCCACCCCUGGGAAACACAACACACAGUCCUACAGGAGCACGUACACCAUACAGGAGGACGGCGUCGUGCCCAGUAGAAAGUCUCCGCCUUCCAUCCCGGCGCCCCAGCUCCCAGCCCGUGCCAGUCCCAGCCUCACGAGAGGUGGGGGAGGGCAGCGAAUAAGUUAUCCCUCAGCUGUCAACUCCAAGUACAUCCCACAAGAGGAUGUGCCACAUCGUAGUGCCACCUAUCCCAACUGUUCAGACCCACCCUCAUCCCACUCCAGCCCCUCUCACCUACCCAACUACCACCCCCCUCCCCCGUACCGUGCACCCAAUGGUCCGUAUAAUAGUCAACACAACUACUACACCUUACCCAGGAAGGUGAAGCAGGCUGACUACCACCUCACCGCACAGGUCGACAGAAAUCACCGCAUGUCCCCGGAGAACUCCUACAGCGAUGACGAAGUCGCGGGGAGUUGGUUAAGAACAAAAACGCGAUCUCCUGUACGUUCCACGAGACUGCUUCCAGAGAGAGAAAAGAUCCCAUGUCGGAUGAAGUGUGGGUAUAUUGGGUUAGAAGAACUGGACUUCUACUGUACCACAUGUUACAAAGACAGAGGUCGGAAAGUUACACAUGUCUAUAGUCCUCAUAAGUGAACAGCUGGAGAAUUCACCUGUCAAUCAUGUUGAAGUCAGCCAAUCAAGAAGCAGGUUUGAGGACCAGGGUAAAAUGCCCCGCCUGUACAUUCUCAACUGUCAAGGAGUGGUGGAAUUGUAUUACCUGGAAUGGAGAGUACUGGGAAUUGUUCGGUAAAAUGCCUUAAUUGAUUGAUUUCAUAGAAUGAUUUCAAAGGAAGUUGUUGCAGUUGCAUGUCGAAUCAAAGACCUUAUUGGUAUAGAAUAGCUGUCAGUCAAGGGAAGGAACUUUUCUGUAGCUUUCAAUUGACUCAUUUUAGGGAGGAGUGCAAGUCUAAACAAGAUGCACUGUGUGCUGAGAGCAUUGUACCAUAAUCUAUGAAGGUGUGUUGUGUGAUAUAAUAUUUGUUGAUGUGCAAGUUGUCUGGUAACAAAUGUAGGCGUGAUGUCUGUUGUCCACAGUAUAUAACAUUGUACAGUUUAACCCAAGACUUAUGUGUGCAAUGAGGCUACAUGGGUAUCUAUUGUACAUAGCUUUUUUGUCCAAUGAAGCAUAUCCUAAAGCAAAACUGUUUAUGGCAAGACUUACAAACUGCAUGUACACAUGGAAAUGAAUAGAGAGAAGACAUUUCCUUAGAUUAAGAUAUAGAGAGUGCAAGAGCAAUAGAUGAUUGUAUUCUGUAUGUAUGCAAUAAAUAAUGGAUAUAAUUAUGAAAGAAUUAUUACUACUAGGCUGAUUUAUUUUGUUACCUAAAAAAGAAACGCACUGCAAACAAUUUGAAUGAUGCUUUUUGCAAGAUAUGAGUAGGUUGAGAUGUUAAAAGGUAUACAACUUAUUUUUGAAGGCUGGGGCUCUCCCACCAAUACUAUAUAGUAUCAGAGCAGUUGUACAGUUAAGUUACUGUGAAAACCACUUGGGCAAAUGUUACUUAUGGUAUGACAUACUGCUGUGAAGUAGCAUAGUUAGAUAUUACAGACUAGCAUAUCAGAUAUCUUUCGACGAUAGGUAAGGUGAUUGUUUGUGGUCCAAAUGAGUGGCACUUCGACACUUCUGUUCAGCCAAAGUCUCAAUAAAAGCCAAGGGUUUUGUUGGCAAAAGCCAUGGAAUAGAUAACAAAACAGCAUGUUGACUAAGUCACAUUUCAUUGUAAUGUUAUGUCUGAUUGUGAUCCUUUUGCUGGUACUUCAUACAAGAAUGUGCAUUAUAUUAUGUUGUGCGCGUGUUGUAACAAGUUUAGCCUGACUUGGACUAGGAUAACAUAAUUUCCUCAGGUGGUAUGUGUAUUUGAUUCCCAACAACUUGCCGUGUAGAUAAUGUGUCAUGUUCAUCUCAUUGUUUGUCUUAUCACUUUACCAAUGCAGUCUGAUGAGACCAUUAGUGAACAAAGCUUACAAGUAGACUCUUGGAUGCUACAAACCUAGCCAUGUAGGCAGUACAAAAGAGGGCUAGCUAGUAUCUUUAGGACACAGGUGUAUUUUGCAAGCUCAAAAAAAGGAUCAUUUUCAUCAACUUAAGUGUUUUACUUUGGAUGGAAUGAAUUCCUUAUUGUGAGAUAGGUUAUUGAAGGACAACUAGUAGUUAUGUACUUGGUACAUAAAGUCCUAGACGUGUUUGUGAUUGUGAGCGCAUGUUAUGGAGAUAUGAUGAUAGAUAUGACAGACAAUCAUUCCUCAAAACUGCUUCAUGUGGUUGAACAGUUAUGAUAACCACAAAAAUUGAUUUACAUUCUUCUCUGGCAUCACGGAUAGAAAUUUAACUUAAUGAAAGCAGAGACCUAAGAAGUAAUGUCUAUGCAUAUUAUACUAGCGGUGAAAUGCACUGACCGAGGCUAUACAAGAUUCAUGGACACAUUUGUAGGAACAUUUUAGGUAUUUCAUACCCCCAAAAAUUGUGUCCAUCUGGGACAUUUUCUGGAAGUGGUAUAGUAUUACAUAUUUUUACUACUUUUUUUUGGAAUUGGCAUGUUAGAACAUGCUCAUAUUAUUCAAAACAAGUCUCCCCUUCCUAGAUAGAAGACAAUGUCAAUGCAUCUGUCAGAAAUGAAGCGCAGAUUCAGCUUCCAUUGCUUGCAGGUUUGAUUUUAAUAUGAAAAGGGGGUUUUCUUACUUCCUCAGAGUAGGGAGCUGACAAUUUCUGACUUUUAACAUGCUGUGUGGCUAGAUAAGGGAGGUUUAAAAAGGACCUCCUUGCGCAAGAUGGACUUUCGUACACCCCACCUAUGCUUGUUUGAAUUUGGCUUAGAAUGGCUUUGUAUAUUUUAUUCUGAUGAAGCAACAUUGCUUUCAACAGCUGCAAGAUUAAUGUAAAUUGAUGCUUGUGCACUAUUGUCAAGACCUGUUACAUGGACUGACUUGUAUGUAUCCAGUAUCAUUGCCACUGUUUUUUCUGCAUUGAGCAAUGCUUGAUUUAAAACUGAAAAGUAGGUGAAUUGGACAAGGAGAUGUUGAUGACUUUUAUCAUUAACUUUGAUGCAUUAGAUAAAUGUAGACAACUGAUGUGAUAUCCAAUCAUUCUCAUCAGCAUUUGGUUUGUAAGUGUUUGUAGAAGUUGCAACUUGGUACCCAAACACAACAGAAACCAUUUUGUACUGGUUCAGUACUAUCACCAUUAAAGAAUGUAAUAGUAA